AACAAAGAGUGGGUGAUGUCUGCUGCUCACUGCUUCUCCAGUGACACUACGUCAAGAUGGCAGGUUUCUCUGGGCCGUCAGAACCUGCAGGGCAACAACUCAAACGAAGUGUCCACAACUGUUGCCAGAAUCAUUUUGCAUCCAAACUAUGACAGUGUCACCAACAACAACGACAUUGCUCUGCUCAGACUCUCCUCACCAGUCAAUUUCACAGACUACAUCAGACCUGUGUGUCUGGCAGCCAGUGACAGUGUGUUCAGCAACGGUACUGAUAGCUGGGUCACUGGCUGGGGCGCAGUCAAGGAGGGAGUGUCAUUGCCGUUCCCUGAAACCCUUCAAGAGGUGGAGUUGUCAGUUCUGGGAAACAGCCAGUGUGACUGUCUCAAUGGAGUCGGUACAGUCACGGACAACAUGAUCUGUGCUGGGGUUCUGGCAGGAGGCAAAGACUCUUGUCAGGGUGACUCAGGAGGUCCAAUGGUGAACCAGCAGGGCUCCGUCUGGGUCCAGUCUGGAAUUGUUAGUUUUGGUUUUGGCUGUGCUCGGCCCAAUCUGCCUGGAGUCUACUCCAGAGUGUCCAUUUGCCAGUCCUGGAUCAACUCCCACAUCAGCUCUGAUAAGCCAGGCUUUGUCCAGUUCACCUCCAGUGGGCUGGAUGCUGACAGCAGCUACACCUGUCCUGGUCCGCCACCAUCAACAACAACUUCAUCAACGACAAGACCAAGUACUACCCAAAUUUUAACCAGUCCUGCAAGAGCAGUGUGUGGUAACGCUCCCAUGAACAGUCGUGCUCUAGGUGACAGUGGUGUUGUACCUGGAGGGACCUGGCCUUGGAUGGUUAGUCUCCACAAAAAUGGGGUUUACACUUGUGGAGGAACCCUAAUCGCAGAAAGAUUUGUUCUCACUUCUGCCCAGUGCGUCUCUACCUCCAAUCCAGAUGUCAGUGAGUGGAGUGUGUUUUUUGGCCAGCAUCUUGUGGACGGCUCUGAAGAGUUUGAGAUGUCUCUUGGCGUUGUGAACAUUACAGUGAGCAACAUGACGGAUUCUAAUAUUGCUCUGCUGCAGCUGACUAAGCCAGUCAGCUUCAAAGAUCAUAUUCAGCCUGUGUGUAUGGAUGUUAGCGCUUCCAGAACCUUCCCUGUUGGAAGUCGAUGCUGGGUGGCUGGCUGGGAGAACGGCAGUAAGAGCUUUUCCACAGAUAAAGCCGGCUCAGGCCUUCGAGAUCUUGAAACUCAGGUGGCAAGUUGUGGGGAUCUUUCUGAUUCAGAGAACAUUUGCACUUAUACCAUGGACCUUCAACAGGGGGAUCAAGGCAGCCCUCUGCUGUGCAAGUCAGACUCAUCCUGGUUUCAGGUGGCCGUUGUAACAAUGAGUGGAAGUAAAUCAGUCCGCGCUGAUGUUCAGGUCUUUGCCAAAACUUCAAGAUUUGGGUCCCUCUUAAAGGAGACGGUUGGCGACAUGCCGUCUCCUGAAGUGGCCGCAACAGGAAAUGCAGCAGGUUUCUCAAUUUCGCUGUUCCUUUAUUUCGUUGUCCCUGUUACCUCAGUGUUUCUGUUGUCAGGAUCUUAG